GAAGGCGCUGGUGAAGUGUGCUAAAGGGCAGCAGCAGCAGUGACAGUGAGCUGUGUGUGUGUGCGUGCGUGUGUGUGUGUGGAGUUAAAGAGAAGUUUACAGAGUUUCAGCACUAAUUCUGAUCAACUCUAAACUCUGAAAGCGGUGUGAUUAAGUGCACAAUGCUGCAGAACACAGGAAAGCUGUCCGGUUGCACCCUGUUCAUCACCGGAGCGAGUCGAGGCAUCGGAAAAGCCAUCGCUCUGAAAGCUGCCCGAGACGGUGCCAACGUGGUGAUCGCAGCCAAGACCGCCGAGUCGCACCCCAAACUGCCCGGAACCAUCUACACGGCCGCCGAGGAGAUUGAAGCGGCAGGAGGAAAAGCUCUGCCGUGUAUCGUGGACGUUCGUGAUGAGAAGCAGGUGAGCGAGGCGGUGGAGAACGCCGUGCAGAAAUUCGGAGGGAUCGACAUCGUGGUGAACAACGCCAGCGCCAUUAACCUGACGGGAACGCUGGACACGCCCAUGAAGAAAGUGGACCUCAUGCUGGGCAUCAAUCUGAGAGGAACGUAUCUGACGUCUAAACUGUGCAUCCCGCAUCUGCUAAAGAGUAAAAACCCUCACAUCCUCAACCUCAGUCCUCCUCUCAACCUCAAUCCCAUCUGGUUUAAGAACCACACAGCUUACACCAUGGCCAAAUACGGCAUGUCCAUGUGUGUCCUCGGGAUGGCUGAAGAAUUCCGUGGAUCCAUCGCUGUUAAUGCGCUAUGGCCUCGUACAGCCAUUCAGACGGCGGCGAUGGAGAUGCUCGGGGGGUCAGGAGUGGAGAAACAGUGCAGGAAGGUGGACAUCGUGGCCGACGCUGCUUACGCCAUCCUCAACAAACCCGUCAGCUACACGGGACACUUCGCCAUAGACGAGGACAUCCUCAGGAAGGAGGGCGUUAAAGACUUUGACGUGUAUGCGGUGUAUCCAGGUCAUCCACUGCUUCCUGACUUCUUCCUGGAUGAAGAUCCCAAGACACUCAAGAAGCAGAUGCAGGAUCACGGUGCCACUCCUGCUUUCCAGGCAGAAAAAACGAGUGCAGAAGCCUCCUCCGGCCCCAUCGCUGAUACGUUUACUGUGAUUAAAGGUGUGAUCACCCCCGAGGUGGUCAAAUCCACACAGGGGAUCUACAGAUUUGAGCUGUCUGGCGAUCAUGCUGGAGUUUGGUACAUCGACAUGAAGAAUGGUGCAGGUGCAGCAGGAAAUGGAGAACCUCCAGUUAAAGCAGAUGUGGAGAUGAGUUUGGACAGUGACGACUUCAUCAAGAUGUUCACAGGGAAGUUAAAGCCCACGAUGGCCUUCAUGUCCGGGAAGCUGAAGAUUAAAGGUGACAUGGCUCUGGCCAUCAAAAUGGAGAAGAUGAUGGCGCUGAUGAACAAGUCCAAGCUGUAAUCAGAAACGUUCUCCUGCGUUCAGUAAAGCUCGAGUCUGUAACAGUCCGAUCUCAGUCACCGUGUCUGAUGCGACUUCAGACACUUUCUUAUUUUCAUACAGAUUCGUCCUGGUUUCCUUUUUUAUAGAUAAUAUAACACUAUAGAAAAGAAACAGCUGAGUGCAAAAGUUUGCACACUCACACCGUUACUGUGUGUUCAGUUUCACAGGCGAUCGUUCAGUUAGUGUGUUACCAUAUUAACUGUGGAAAAAAUUAAAAUAAUAUUUCUGAA